AUGUCCUUGUGGACGGUGUGGCAACUGGCCACGUUGUCCAGCGUCCUCUACGCUCGCCCAGGCUGGACUUUCUCGUGUCCGAUGGUCUGCCAAUGCACCGAGGAGAGUCUUCGCUGUACGAGGGAAACUGAGCUGAACUCUUCAGAUGAAUCCUCGCUCACUUACAACUUAAGAUUAACACAGCUGCCUUUCAAAGAAGUCCAGACCAGUUCUUUCACAGGACUUCUUAACGUGGCCAGGAUAGAAAUAUCUCAGAGCGAUUCCAUCAGGACUUUAAGAGUGCAGGCGUUCUUCUCGCUCCCCAGCCUCUCGGAAGUCCUGAUACAGAACAUCAAUAACCUGGUUGCGAUAGAAAAGGGAGCCUUCACCGACCUGCCCAAACUCAAGUACCUGAGCAUCUGUAAUACUGGACUGAGACAAUUUCCCGAUCUCACCACAAUUUCCUCUUUGGAAUCCCACUUCUUCCUGGAGAUGGGGGACAACAUUAAGAUUAACACCAUCCCCUCCAAUGCCUUCCUGGGCAUGACGCAGGAAUUUUUGCACAUGAACCUUGUCAGAAAUGGAUUCGAAGACAUCCAGCGCUAUGCAUUCAACGGGACAAGAAUGGAUAAACUAGUUCUGAAAGACAACAAGUUCCUUCAUAAAAUCCACGAUGAUGCCUUUGAAGGUGCGACAGGGCCUAGUCUCCUUGACGUGUCCUCCACGGCCCUCCGCUCCCUCCCUGCCCAUGGCUUGCAGCAGGUUAACGUGCUGAUGGCUCGUUCCACCCCAGGACUGAAGACCCUGCCCUCACUGGAAAACCUGCUCAACCUGCAGGAGGCGCACCUCACCUACCCCAGCCACUGCUGUGCCUUCCACACCUGGCGACGGCAGCAGAGAGAGAACGCCUUCUUAAAGUCCUUUGGGAAUCUGUCCAGGCUCUGUAACAGUGACCAGCUGCAGGAGAUCAGCUAUCCCUCAAGCAAUGGCCUUCCGUACCCCGACGAUGGCGAUGGCCUUUACGACCUUGACUUCCACUAUCCGGACCUGGAGGUGUGUGUGACCAACGCCCCGAUCAGGUGCACCCCGGAGCCGGACGCCUUCAACCCCUGCGAGGACCUGCUCGGGUACACCUUCCUGCGCGCCGUCACCUGGAUCAUCACCGUCUUCGCCAUCUCCGGCAACCUGGCCGUGCUGGGCGUGCUGGUGACCAGCCGCCACAAACUGACCGUCUCCCGCUUCCUCAUGUGCAACCUGGCCUUCGCCGACCUCUGCAUGGGCGUCUACCUGCUGCUAAUCGCCUCCGUGGACUACCACUCCCGGCGGCAGUACUACAACCACGCCACCCACUGGCAGACGGGCGCCGGCUGCGGGGUGGCGGGCUUCCUGACGGUGUUCGCCAGCGAGCUGUCCGUCUACACGCUGACUGUGAUCACCCUGGAGCGCUGGCACACCAUCACCUACGCCAUGCAGCUGGAGAGGAAGCUGAGGCUGCGGCAUGUGGCGGCCAUGAUGGCAGCCGGGUGGGGCUUCUCGCUGCUGGCCGCCCUGCUGCCCGUCCUGGGGGUCAGCAGCUACACCAAGGUGAGCAUCUGCCUGCCCAUGGACAUCGAGGCGCCGGCGUCGCAGGGCUACGUGGUGGCCAUGCUGCUCCUCAACGUGGCGGCCUUCCUGGUCAUCUGCGCCUGCUACGGCCGCAUCUACCUGACCGUGCGCAACCCGCACCUGGCCACCCGCCAUAGCGACGCCAAGAUGGCCAAGCGCAUGGCCGUGCUCAUCUUCACCGACUUCCUCUGCAUGGCACCCAUCUCCUUCUUCGCCAUCUCCGCCGCCCUGCGGAUGCCGCUCAUCACCGUGUCGCACUCCAAGAUCCUCCUCAUCCUCUUCUACCCCAUCAACUCGCUCUGCAACCCCUUCCUGUACACCAUAUUCACCCGGGCCUUCCGGCUGGACGUCUGCCUGCUGCUGAGCCGCUGCGGCUGCUGCCGCGCCCGGGCAGAGCUCUACCGCAUGCACAGCCUGACCGCCCGCAAGGCCCCCAAGAGCGCCCCCUCCAGGAAGCCCAGCUCACUCAGGUUCUACGCUUACCACAUCAAAAUGCAGGGCUGCUUUCUCAACAAAGGCGCUAAAUAA